AUGAACAAAUCAAAAAGGAAAUCAAGCUAUUGCAAUGAGUGCUUCAAAAUUUAUCAUCCCUGGGGAACUACAAAAGCUCAGCAUGAGUAUGUGGGCCCAACCACUAAUUUUAGACCCAAGGUUUUAAUGUGCCCAGAACAUGAAACAGAGAGAAUAAACAUGUACUGUGAAUUAUGUAGGAGACCGGUUUGUCAUCUCUGAAAGUUGGGUGGUAACCAUGCCAAUCACCAUGUGACCACUAUGAGCAGUGCCUACAAAACCUUAAAGGAAAAGCUUUCAAAGGAUAUUGAUUACCUUAUUGGCAAGGAGAGCCAGGUGAAGAGUCAAAUUUCUGAACUAAAUUUGUUAAUGAAAGAAACAGAGUGUAAUGGAGACAGGGCUAAAGAAGAGCCAGUUACAGAUUUUGAAGAGCUCUUUGAAAUUCUAGAAGAGAGAAAAUCAUCUGUUUCGAAAGCAAUCGAUACAUCUAAGAAACUAAGAUUAGACGAAUUUCAGAUUCAAAUGGAAGAAUAUCAGGGCCUUCAAGAGAACAAUGGACUUGUGGGAUAUGCUCAGCAAGUGCUUAAGGAGAUGGAUCAGCCCUGCUUUUUACAGACUGCAAAACAGCUCCACUUCAGAAUACAGAAAGCGACAGAAUCCUUAAAGAACUUUAGACCUGCGGCCCAGACUUCUUUUGAAGACUAUGUUGUUAAUACGGCUAAGCAAACAGAACUUCUGGGAGAAUUGUCCUUUUUCUCUAGUGGAAUAGAUGUGCCAGAAAUCAAUGAGGAACAGAGCAAAGUCUGUAACAGUGCUUUGAUAAACUGGCACCAUCCGGAGAAGGAUAAAGCUGAUAGCUAUGUCCUUGAAUAUAGGAAGAUUAACAGAGAUGACGAAAUGAUGUCUUGGAAUGAGAUAGAAGUGUGUGGCACAAGUAAAGUUAUUUCAGAUCUCGAGAGCAACUGUAACUAUGCUUUCAGAAUAAGAGCCUACAAGGGCUCAAUCUGUAGUCCUUCCAGCAAGGAAUUGAUUCUUCAUACGCCUCCAGCUACAGUUUUCAGUUUCCUCUUUGAUGAGAAAUGUGGAUAUAAUAAUGAAAACCUCUUGCUGAACUUGAAAAGAGACCAUGUGAAGAGUAGGGCUGGAUUCAGUCUUCUGCUGGUGGCCGAAUGUAUCCAAGUGGGUUAUUACACAAGCUUAGACUACAUCGUUGGAGAUGUUGGAAUCACAAAAGGGAAACACUUUUGGGCAUUCCAAGUAGAACUGUAUUCAUACCUGGUAAAAGCAGGAGUUGCUUCCAGUGAUAAACUGCAAGAAUGGCUCUGUUCUCCCCGGGAUGCAGUGAGUCCAAGGUAUGAGCAAGAUAGCGGGCAUGACAGUGGAAGUGAAGAUGCUGGUUUUGAUUCUUCACAGCCCUUUACAUUAGUUACCAUAGGCAUGAAGAAAUUUUUUAUACCCAAGUCACCUAAUUCUUCUAACGAACCAGAAAAUAGAGUUCUUCCUAUGCCAACAAGUAUAGGGGUUUUCCUUGACUGUGAUAAAGGAAAAGUGAGUUUCUAUGACACCGAUCACAUGAAAUGCCUCUAUGAGCACCAGGUGGACUGUUCACACACAAUGUAUCCUGCUUUCACAUUAAUGGGCAGUGGGGAAAUUCAACUUGAAGAGCCCAUCACAGCAAAAUACCUACAAUACCAAGAGAACCUGUAGUUUAAGCAUCUGAUGUGAUUUAGGAUGAAAAAUGUGAGCAAGGUUAAUGCCUUCAUGUUA